AUGUCGAGACCCCAGGGACUGUUAUGCCUUCCGCUGGCCUUCACCCCCGUCUGCGUCAUGGUCAGUUCCAACGUCCUGCUGUGGAUCACCGCCCUGGCCGUCAAGUUCACGGUCAUCGACAGCCAGGCCCAGUACCCCGUGGUCAGCACCAACUACGGCAAGAUCCGGGGCUUGAGAACGCCGCUGCCCAAUGAGAUCCUGGGUCCCGUGGAGCAGUACCUGGGGGUCCCUUACGCCUCGCCCCCCACUGGGGAGAGGCGCUUCCAGCCCCCCGAGCCCCCCUCCUCGUGGACCGGGGUCCGCAAUGCCACCCAGUUCGCCGCCGUCUGCCCCCAGCACCUGGACGAGAGGUCGCUCCUGCACGACAUGCUGCCCGUGUGGUUCACGGCCAACCUGGACACCCUGAUGACCUACGUGCAGGACCAGAAUGAAGACUGCCUCUACUUGAACAUCUACGUGCCCACGGAGGACGGAGCCAACUCAAAGAAAAACGCUGAUGAUAUAACCAGUAAUGACCGUGGUGAAGAUGAAGACAUCCAUGAUCAGAACAGCAAGAAGCCGGUGAUGGUGUACAUCCACGGUGGGUCCUACAUGGAGGGGACGGGCAACAUGAUUGACGGGAGCAUCCUGGCCAGCUACGGCAACGUCAUCGUCAUCACCAUUAACUAUCGGCUGGGGAUCCUAGGCUUUCUGAGCACCGGCGAUCAGGCGGCAAAAGGCAACUACGGGCUCCUGGAUCAGAUCCAAGCCUUGCGCUGGAUCGAGGAGAACGUCGGGGCCUUCGGUGGGGACCCCAAGAGAGUCACCAUCUUCGGCUCGGGUGCGGGCGCCUCCUGCGUCAGCCUCUUGACCUUGUCUCACUAUUCAGAAGGUCUCUUCCAGAAGGCCAUCAUCCAGAGUGGGACCGCCUUGUCCAGCUGGGCCGUCAACUACCAGCCCGCCAAGUACACUCGGAUCCUGGCAGACAAAGUGGGCUGCAACAUGCUGGACACCACAGACAUGGUGGAGUGCCUGCGGAACAAGAACUACCGGGAACUCAUCCAGCAGACCAUCACGCCGGCCACAUACCACAUCUCCUUUGGGCCCGUCAUCGACGGGGACGUCAUCCCCGACGACCCCCAGAUCCUCAUGGAGCAGGGCGAGUUCCUUAACUAUGACAUCAUGCUGGGCGUCAACCAGGGCGAGGGGCUGAAGUUCGUCGACGGCAUCGUGGACCACGAAGACGGCGUGACGCCCAAUGACUUCGACUUCUCCGUGUCCAACUUCGUGGACAACUUGUACGGGUACCCGGAGGGCAAGGACACCCUGCGGGAGACCAUCAAGUUCAUGUACACGGACUGGGCGGACAAGGAGAACCCCGAGACGCGCCGCAAGACGCUGGUGGCCCUGUUCACGGACCACCAGUGGGUGGCCCCCGCCGUGGCCACUGCGGACCUGCACGCCCAGUACGGCUCGCCCACCUAUUUCUACGCCUUCUACCACCACUGCCAAAGCGAGAUGAAGCCCAGCUGGGCCGACUCGGCCCACGGCGACGAGGUCCCCUACGUCUUCGGCAUCCCCAUGAUCGGUCCCACCGAGCUCUUCAGCUGCAACUUCUCCAAGAACGACGUGAUGCUCAGCGCGGUAGUCAUGACGUACUGGACCAACUUUGCCAAGACCGGUGACCCCAAUCAGCCUGUCCCGCAGGACACCAAGUUCAUUCACACAAAACCCAACCGCUUCGAGGAGGUGGCCUGGUCCAAGUAUAACCCCAAAGACCAGCUGUAUCUGCACAUCGGCUUGAAGCCCCGCGUGAGGGAUCACUAUCGAGCCACAAAAGUCGCCUUUUGGCUGGAGCUGGUCCCACAUCUGCACAACUUGAACGAGAUAUUCCAGUACGUGUCCACCACCACCAAGGUGCCCCCUCCGGACAUGACGUCCUUCCCCUACGGGACCCGGCGGUCACCCUCCAAGAUCUGGCCCACGACCAAACGCCCGGCCAUCACCCCAGCCAACAGCAACCCCAAGCACUCCAAGGACCCUCACAAGACGGGCCCCGAGGACACCACGGUCCUCAUCGAGACCAAACGGGAUUACUCCACCGAGCUGAGCGUCACCAUCGCCGUGGGGGCGUCCCUGCUCUUCCUGAACAUCCUGGCCUUCGCCGCCCUCUAUUACAAGAAGGACAAGAGGCGCCACGAGACCCACCGGCGCCCCAGCCCGCAGAGGAACGCCGCCAACGACAUCGCGCACAUCCAGAACGAGGAGAUCAUGUCCCUGCAGAUGAAGCAGCUGGACCACGAGUGCGAGUCGCUGCAGGCCCACGACACGCUGAGGCUCACCUGCCCGCCAGACUACACGCUCACACUGCGCAGGUCCCCCGACGACAUCCCGCUCAUGACCCCCAACACCAUCACCAUGAUCCCAAACACGCUCACAGGUAUGCAGCCGCUCCACACGUUCAACACCUUCAGCGGAGGCCAGAACAGCACAAACAUUCCCCACGGACACUCCACCACCAGAGUAUAG